AUGGAAAAUUCUGAAAAGCAUCAAAAGAUGCAAGAUAGCCAAAUUGCUCAGAUAGCCCAGUCCUUUUCAAGAGCAUCGGGAGCAUUUCCGAGAAAGCCCGACAUAAACCCGGUGGAACAUUGCAACCGCAUUGAGCUGAGGAGCGGACGGACUUUGGGAGAUCCCCAAAUGGGUGCUCAGAAAGGAAUUGAUUCAGAAGAAGAGCUAUCUCCCCUCAUGCCUAAUUUAGUUCAGAACAAGGAUAGGGAGGAGAUUACCAAGAAGGUUGAAGGGACCCUUCCACUUCCCCCACAAAGUCAGACGAUUCCUUUCCCUCAAAAGCUAAUAACAUCCCAAAAAGAUGAAGAGUUCCACCGAUUCCUUAAGAAGAUUAAAGAAAUCUGCAUUGAUGUACUUCUAAUAGAUGCACUGCACCAAAUGCCGAAAUUCGCCAAAUUUUUAAAAGGUAUUCUUUCUAACAGAAGAUAUAAGGGCAACUUCGAGAUUGCAACAUUGACGGAGAAAUACCCAAUGGGUAUAGUGGAGGGCGUGCCAGUAGAGAUAGGUGGAUGCAUCGUUCCCGCAGAUUUUGUUGUCCUGGAUAUGGAAGAGGAUCCCAAGAUCCCAAUCAUCCUAGGAAGACCAUUCCUUGCCACCGCUGGAGCCCUCAUCGAUGUGAAAUGUCACAAAUUAUCCCAAGAGAUUGAUAAAGAAAGGUUAGAAUUCGAUUUAUCUGAUUCUCCUAAUUGCAUCUCUUCUUUUCAGAAAAAUGCUAGCAAGUUGAAUGUACACAAAGCUGAGGAAUGCAGUUUCCAUGGGAGGCCGCAAUAA